AUGGAAGAUCGUAAGGGCCGAUGUUUAGACAAUUUGCACACAUUUUUCUGGAAUUUCAGCGGCCGAUAAGCAGAGACGAGAAGCCGAGGAGGCGGCCGAAAAAGCCGGAAAACAGGGCGUUCUCUCCAAAUUUUUCGUCCAGACCGGACAGAAAAUGGGCGUGGUCGAGUGGACAAAGUUGGAACCCGAAUUUGAGGUUAUACUGAAUUUGUUAUCAAAAUUUUCUGUGAGAAAUGCAAAUUGUGUGAUAAAAAUAGUAAAGGACACUAGAAAGAUAGACAGAUUUACCAGAAAAAAAGGCCAAAAAUUUGUAGCACGCGAUAAACCGUCUCGUCAAAUACCACAACACGCUCUUCGACCUUGUCGACAAUUUGGAGGCGUGCAUUCAGGUUUUCACCUAGUUUUUUCUCACAAACUAAUGUUCACAGGUGGACAAAAACGUGCUGGCGGCCGGAAAACUGAAGCCGGACCCGGGCCGAAACAUGUGGGAGGUGAUGGGCGGCUGGUUCAAUUAUCUCUCCGUCGCCCACUUUGAGGGCAAGGAACAGGUACUUUAUCGCAAAGAAUAUCCGAAAAAUGGGAGAAUGUUGCAGAGGUUCCUCAAAAAGUACAGUUCGUGUUGCGGAAGAAUCGGCCGAAAAGAGAUGGAAGCGUUGGGAAGCAGUGAGUUACCGCGCUUCACGGACACGUUCUUUAUGGAGCGCACUUGCAGCGCGGACGCAUUGGCUCCGUAAAAUGCGCGCCUACACUGGCAUCGAAAGUGACGAGCUGAACGAUUGUGUCGAGCAGAUGAAGGCGCUCAUUCACGGAAUCGAUGAUACUCGUCAUCAGGCGAGCAGAAAAAGAAACAAUUUUUUAGGACUACAACCCAAAAAUUUCAGCUCAAAUCUGCGCACACCACAAAAGACGCGAGAUCUCGCGGCGAGGCCUACUGCAAAAUGAUCCGGGCGUUCAAUUCGAAAGUGGCCGGAGCUUGGAAUUAAUCUUAAAUAAUUUUGGAAAUUUUAGGCCGGUGAAGUACAGUCGAUGAUCGACGAGAUGCGAACCGUCAUCCAAGUGCAUUCGUUCGAAUAUUUGAAGGUGGGAUCUUUUGGGAAAAAAAAACAUUUUUUAAACCAAAAAUUUUGGGAGGACAUCUCGGAAACCGUUUGUUUUUUUUUUUUUUGAAAUGUGGUCAACUGAAGAGUUGUUGUAAAGUUGUUGUGAAGCGCCUACGCCCCAGGAACUCAUCGUCCUCGUUGUUUCGUGCCCUGCUCAUUUCGUUUCGAUCCAUAUCCGUUAGAUCUUCAUAGAUCCACGACUACUGGCUCGAAAUGAGCAGGGGACGAAAGAACAAGGACGAUGAGUUUCUGCUUGGAGCAAUCCCUAAGUGCCCACAUGUAGGCGAACCUCAUAAAUGGGGCGAGGGAUUACAAUCACUCUUCAGUUGACCACAUUUCAAAGAAAACAAACGGUUUUUGAGAUGCAGGUCACAAAAGUUUGAGUGCGAACAGCGAAAAAAGCGAAGCGAAUAAUUUUUUACAGUUUUCGCGAGAAUUUUCCGCGCUCCACAAUCUCAUCUUCAACAACCUCUACGAGACGCAUCUCCGUGUGAACCAGCCGGUCGGAGGAGCUCCCGGAGCAGGAGCCAAUCAGCCUUCCGCCCGAACUCCGAAAAAGUAA